AUGUCUCGUCGUGCUGCCCCCGGUGCCUCUCCCUUCGGCGCGCCCCCGCGUCGCGCCAUCCACGACCCCAACGAGUCCGCGUUCUCGCGCUUCAUGCGCGAAGAGAUCUUCUCGCCAGAAAACCUCCCCGGGAACAUCAGCGUCCUCACCGCCGUCACCAUUAGAGAGGCGGAAGGCGCAGAGAGCGUAGUGCCGACGGUCAGGAGUGCAGACCCUUUCAAAACUACCCGACGAGCCCCUGCCCCGAGCUCUGCACCACCCAUGCAACCGACGUUCUGCAUGCUGUCAUGUACUUUACUCGACAUAUAA